AUGUUUCAGCGUGAUGUAGAAUGGCCCAGAAAUUUCUUGACCUGCGAAGAGGCUACGGAUUCUGACAAUUUCGAGGAAAUUGAGAAUUUGAUCAGGGUUUUAACUAGUAAAGCAGAAAAGUCACAGGCUACUCUAGAUGAAAUAAACGUGGAGCUGAAACAAGCCCAAAAUAGAAUUUUUCAUCUUGAAGAAGAAAAUAAAAAUCUUAAAGAAAACAUCAGAAAACUGCAAUCAAAGGACAGAGAGAACAACAUUAUCGUGUUUGGACUGCCACCCACCACAAAUAAGGAAGAAAACCUGAUAUUUUUGGAACGAGCUCUGGAAGUAGAAAUACAUAAAAAAGACUUAAACAAUAUAUAUGAUAUAGGAAAGAAAGAAGUGGAAAAUAGGCCAGUGAAAAUAGAGUUCUUAUCACACCUGAAAAAAUCAGAAAUUCUCAAAAACGCCUAUAAACUCAAAGAUAAAGGCUUGAAAUCGAUUUAUAUCACACAUGAUCUUACUAAAGAGGAUCAAAAAAUCAAUAAAUAUCUGAGACAUUUCCUUAAUGAUGCCAAAAAAUUAGGGAAAACAGCGACUAUUAAAUAUAACAAAUUGUUAGUCGAUGGAACUACCUACACAUACGAACAUCUGUUGCGACACAAGCAUAACCCAUUUGUGAAUCAGGAUGCCGCCGUUGAAGAAAAUGAUAUAAUAUCUGACACGGUAGAAGACUUUGAAGAGACAAACAAAAGAAAAAAUUCUUCAGACGGAGACCAAUCAAAUAGAAAAUUCCAAUUAGAAAAACCAAGAACCACUAGGAGUAAUUCAAAAAAAUAG